AUCACGGUCAGCUCGUAGCAUCACACGUUCGCGUAAUACUCACCGUGAACGAGCGGACUUGUCUGAAAUGCUCGCGGAUCUUUAAACCUGUCCGCGAGCGCGCUGACUGUCCAAUCACAGGGGAGAAAAAGUGAAGCCGCGACAGGAAAAUACUAAAACGUUAGACUGCUGCUUAUUACCAGCUUACUUCAUUGAAGGACAUUCCCCGGCUGUAGGGCACGAGCUGCCAUGCCGUUUGGUUGUCUGACACUCGGGGAGAAGAAGGAUUACAACAAUCCCUCCGAGGUGGCGGAUAAAUAUGACCUCGGACAAAUCGUUAAAUCAGAGGAGUUUUGCGAGAUAUUCCGGGCAAAGGAUAGGAACACCUUGAAAAUGUACACCUGUAAAAAGUUCCACAAAAAGGACGGAAGGAAAGUGAGGAAAGCUGCGAAGAAUGAGAUAAUGAUCUUAAAGAUGAUAAAGCAUCACAACAUCCUCCAGCUGGUUGACGCUUUUGAAACAAAGAAAGAGUACUUUGUUUUUCUGGAGCUGGCUACGGGCAGAGAGGUGUUUGACUGGAUCUUGGAUCAGGGGUACUACUCGGAGAGGGACACCAGCAAUGUUAUGAGGCAGGUGCUGGAGGCUGUAGCAUACCUGCACUCUCUGAAAAUUGUCCACAGAAAUCUUAAGCUGGAGAACUUGGUGUACUUUAAUCGUUUGAAGCACUCCAAAAUUGUUAUUAGUGACUUCCAGUUGGCAAAACUCGAAAAUGGACUCAUUAAGGACCCAUGUGGCACCCCGGAAUAUCUCGCUCCUGAGGUGGUCGGGAGGCAGAGAUACGGGCGACCCGUUGACUGUUGGGCCGUAGGCGUCACCAUGUACAUUCUUUUGUCUGGAAACCCUCCUUUCUAUGAUGACGCUGAUGAAGAUGACGAUCGUGAUAAGAACCUCUUCCUAAAGAUUCUGUCAGGGGACUACGAGUUUGAUUCACCAUAUUGGGAUGACAUUUCGGAUUCUGCCAAAAACCUGGUGGCGUCUUUGAUGGAAGUGGACCAAGAUCAGCGAUUAACUGCACAGGAAGCGAUCGCCCAUGCAUGGAUUUCUGGAAACGCCGCCUCAGACAAGAACAUCAAGGACGGCGUUUGUGCACAAAUAGAAAAGAACUUUGCAAAAGCCAAAUGGAAGAAAGCGGUUAGGGUGACCACCCUCAUGAAGAGACUUCGGGCAUCUGAGCCGGGAGAUUCUGGGGCCUCGGGUCUCGCCGCAGCCGCAGCCAACCCCAACCCACCGAGUGGCGGCGCUGCCGCCCCCCCCCCGGCUGGCGGCGGCGACGACGGUGCUGCUGCCGGCGGCAUCAAGGCUGCUCUUGGCGAAAGGCUUCCUGACACACAGACUGCCGUCACCUCUGCACUCUCCUUGCCGAGCGCGGCCACCAGGCAGGAAGAGCAGCCGCCAGCGCCGUGCAAUAGAGACGCUCCGCAGGCGCCGCCACCGGGAGCAAAGGGAGACUAGGCAUCAAGCAGACACAAGGAGAGGGACCCUUGCCUACCAACAAGCACAUGUGCAGUAGAGCCACUAUAUUUGGCAUUGCGAUACCAUGUCUAUACCCCCCCCCCCCCACACACACACACACACACACACACUUUGCUGAGUUAUUUCAUAAUACAAUGGUUUUCAUCAAUUCCGCCUUCUGUGGUGAUUGCUCUUUGAAUAAUAGUCUUCAUUCUCCCUUGUUAUGUUGUGUAAGAGUCCUUUUAAAGCUAGUGGCAAAGUAGCCCUUCCGUUGUUUUACUUUUCCUUGAAAUCUGUUUAAAAAAAGUCAUUGUUAUUUAGUGAAAUUGCUGUAUAAACUGUAGAUGUGUUUGUUGGUUGCGAAAAAUUGCUUUUCAGCUUCAGAAAUUACAAUUCUGAGUUUAUCUGACUUAAGAUUAUGAGUUGCGAGAUUUAAUUAAUUGACCAUAUCAUCAUGUUAAUGAUGAUAUGUUAUCAUAAAGAUGUGUUAAUUAUGAAAACGCAUAAUUUGUGUGUAAGUUUACCCUACAAAAAAAAUGCCCCCAAUUGAAAAUGUUUAAA